CUGGUGUUUUUGAACUCAACAGAUUGGAGGAAUUCGGACUGCGUGCGAUUCGAUGAAUGUCCUGAUUUCACUCAAGAAAAAUCUGAACCGACAACGACAGAGUCGAUUACAACUGUUUCCGAGUCAGCAAACACCGACGAAAAAGGACUAUUCAUAUCAAAAGUCUCCUCACAAUGCCCUUCCGUAACGGUGGAUGUUGGUGGAAGAUCCUGUGCCACAGAUGCGGAUUGUCCAGCAGAACAGCGUUGUUGCAGUCCAGUGAUCGCAUCACUGGCAGUGAAUCCCCAGCGAUGCACAUGUCCGGAUCCGAACGCUGUUUGGUCGGCGUGUGGUAGUCUUUGUCCGGAAUACUGUGGGCAGCCAGGGGUCCCACACUGCUCAUCGACUUGCAAUGCCGGUUGUCACUGUGCUCCGGGCUAUGUGAAAAGCAGAAACGACGUGACGGCUCCAUGUGUCCCAAGAGCGCAGUGUCAGAACUUCACAGUUUCAAGUAAUGACGAACCACGAGCAACGAUGAAGGAGAUCCCGGUAACGCCAAAAGAUCCGUUCUCUGAUCAGCAGCUCGCCACAGCAAAUCUUAUUCCAUCGCAAAAGCCCGUGAGUGGACGCUUCAGUUUUACGCAGAUCAGCGCCAACAAUCUUCGAAUUAGCGUCGGUCUCCCUCGUGGUGAGCAUGCUGUCCUUAUUCAUCAAUUCGGCGAUUUGUCAGAUGGUUGUAGCCGUCUCGGACCACCGUUUUUGUUCAAGGGUGGCCUUGGAACGCCUUCAUUAGGAGAUGUCGUUGGUGAGUUUUUUUUUGUAGUAGCACUUUCAAAAAACUUUUCGCGGCUAGGUUGUUUGUUGAAAAAUCGGCGUUUCUACUGCGAUACAUUUUCAGGCUGUCUACAACUGAAAGUUACUCUUUUUGCACUAAACAAAACAUGA